AUGGCAAAAAAUGGGCCAGUGCGGCUACCGUUUGGGUUUCAAUUUGCAGCUGGUGCAAUGGCCGGUGUCUCAGAAAUAUGCCUAAUGUACCCUGUGGACGUUAUCAAGACCAGAAUGCAGAUUUCCACGAGCCAGCACAGACAGAUUGCAGUUGUCUUCAAAAAAAUAGUCACUACGGGCGGUUACCGUAAUUUCUACAGGGGAAUAAGCUCGCCGCUUCUCAUGGAGGCACCCAAGAGGGCUAUUAAAUUUGCAUACAAUGACAAGUUCCAGAACAUGUACAGGGCUCUGUUGAAUGAGGACAGCACUACUCAGAUAAUCGCCAUCUUGGCAGGCGCGUCUGCCGGUGCUGCCGAAUCCAUUGUGGUGACGCCCUUCGAGUACGUGAAAAUAGCGCUGCAGUCGCCGUCGACUCCAUAUACCAGUUUUGUGCACUGUGUCAGGCACGUUAUCAGGACACAAGGUGUCCGCAGUCUGUUAAUUGGAAUUGAGCCGACGAUGUGGCGACAUACGGUAUGGAACGCAGGGUAUUUUGGGAUCCUCCACCAGAUCCGCUCGCUGUUACCGAGUUCCGGGACGAGAUCCGGGGAAACUUUCAACUAUUUCCUCGCGGGUUCAAUUGGCGGCUGUCUCAGCUGUUUCCUGAGUCUCCCCUUUGACGUGGUCAAGUCUAGGAUGCAAAGCGGGGUCCACGGCGCUAAAUACCGCUGGGCGUGGCCGUCUAUCCUGCGAAUUAGAAGUGAGGAGGGUUUUCGGUCUCUUUACAGAGGCAUAGUGCCUGUUCUAUGCAGGAUGGGUCCCUCUGGUGGGUUUCUCAUUGUGGCGUUUUCAACGUUUGAGAGUAUUCUGGGCAGUCUGAUGCCGUUAUGA